UCCUCCCAUUUUGCUUUUCCUUCGUUGUAUCUUUGUUCUCCUCAGCCGUACACAUUCCUUCACUUCCACAGUUUCUUGCUGCCUUCUUCCUCCCCUUUGUAAUAGAAUCACCUAUUCCAAUCGCAAAAUGCUCUGAGCAUCGUUUCUGUUUGAUUCCCUUCACUGUUCGACUUUCCUGCGACUCUCGGCACUCUGCUGCUUGAACCAGCUAUAUCCCAUGGCGUCUUCGGAGAAUUUGGCCAGUAUCGACCCUUGGACCUUCCGACCCCCCUUCGCUGAAUCCUGGUUUACUGACGCGUUCUCUCGCGAGACCGAAACGCUCACGAAAGCGCUGCAGAAAUCGCUCUCCGGCACCAAUCCGGAGAUGCUGACAUCCGACACGAUUUCUCCGUUCAUGGACCUCGUCAAACCCGAUACGUCUCCGACCCCAACGGUUUCGGGUCUUUCAGGUUCGGACCAGGACGCGGUACCGAAACGCCAGCGGAGCUCGAUUCCGCCGGUUGCUGGAGGGAAGGUGUCGAAGCGCAAGUCACGCGCGUCGAAGAGAUCGCAGACGACUUUCAUAACAGCGGACCCGGCGAACUUCCGGCAGAUGGUGCAGCAGGUGACCGGCGUCAGGCUGGGGAACUCGCAGAUGCCAAUGGCACCGAUCCUGAAGCCGGAGCCACAGCGACUGGGCAACCGCGUGCCAGUGAGCGGCGGAGCAGGGGGCUUGCCGACGCUGGACACCUCCGCAUUCUUGCUGGAUCAUCACCAGCAGCAGAUGGUGGGACCCGCGUCUGCGGCUGCCGGGGCUGGGUUCUCAGGGUCGGCCCCACUUCCUUUCGCACCCUCCGUCGGGGUAGUGGAUGGUGCUAGUAUCGGUUCCGCAGGUUUAGAUUUUGAAACUUUGGCGAGCUUUCCCACUCUGGAGUCUUCUUGGAAGUUAUGUGAGAUUCUGCGUUACGUUAUGUCCCAAUUUUUUUGCCUUUUCAUAGGCUUAAUUGGGGUCCCAGUCGUCUGGAGUGGAAGAUGGGUUAGAGUCGGUCUGUAAAUUUGGCAAGGAAGUGACUCUAGUGCUUCUUUAACCCUUUUUUCCUUUUAGAUUUUUCUUGUUACAUAGUCUAUCUGGGGGUGUAUUGGAUAAUUUAGAUAUCAUUACCUAUGUAUCAAUGCCAUUCCAUGUUUAUGUAGCAGUACCGUCAACAAUGUGGUGUUGGUAUCUUUGGCA